UUUUUUUUUUAAUCGGCGGUUGAUGGAAUCAAGGCGGUCGAAGAAUUUGUUGGCGCCGGGGUUCAGAUUUCACCCGACGGAUGAGGAAUUGGUGCGGUACUAUCUCCGGCGAAAGAUUAUUGGGAAACCCUUGAGAUUUGAUGCAAUAUCGGAGAUCGAUAUCUACAAAGUUGAACCAUGGGACCUUCCUGGUAUGUCAAGGCUGAAAACAAGAGAUCUGGAAUGGUACUUUUUUAGCAUGCUUGAUAAGAAGCAUGGUAAUGGAGCAAAGACCAAUCGGGCGACGAAACGAGGCUACUGGAAGACAACUGGAAAGGACAGGGCUGUCCAUCAUAAGUCUAAGGUUGUCGGGAUGAAGAAGACCCUAGUUUAUCAUAGUGGUCGGGCUCCAAAAGGUCAGAGGACUAAUUGGGUUAUGCAUGAGUACAAACUAAUUGAUGAGGAGUUGGAUAAAGCUGGAAUUGCUCAGGAUGCAUUCGUGUUAUGUAGAAUCUUCCAGAAGAGUGGUGCAGGGCCAAAGAAUGGGGAAAAGUAUGGGGCACCUUUUGUUGAGGAGGAAUGGGAGGAUGAUGAAUUAGAAAUUGUUCCCAAGGAGGAGGCUGUUGAUGAAGUUGAAUUUGGAGAUGACAUCUAUUUAGAUGGACAUGACCUUGAGCAGAUUCUUGGGACUGACACACCUGUGGAUGGUGCUCCACCUCCUUUCAACCGCUAUUGCGAGGAAAAUGCUAGCAACAGUGGGGGAACAAGUAACUCCUUUGAAGAUACAGAAAAAUGGCUUCAGCCACCAGACGAGCAGGAAUCAUUUGAUCCUGCAAUUGAAGAGAAUGCGAAUGCAAAUCCAGUCAAGCAUGAAUUCAUGAGUGAACCAAGCAAGAAUGUGAACUCUGAAGAUGUGGAUUACUUGCUUAAUGAACCAAUUGAAACUGCAACUGAUACCCUUCAAUCCAAUGAUGGAGCAUUCCUUGAAGCUAGUGAUCUAUCAAGACCCAUUGAUACGUCAAGUUUUGACAUGCUUGAGGAGUACCUUACAUUCUUUGAUGCAGACGAUGACUUCCAGAAUAUGGGUUUCAAUCCACCGAUGAUGACUGGAGGUGAUGAUCAUGUUUCUGACUUAGCAUCUCUGGCUGACAAGAAUAUUGGCAAGGUAGCUGAACAACCUGUUGCACCCAGUGAAGAGCCUGCCGAUCAGAAGACCAAUGUUGCAUCAUCCUCGAAAUUGGAACCAUCUAAAUUUGGAUCAGAUUAUAAGUAUCCAUUUAUGAAGCAGGCAAGCUGCAUGUUGGGGGGUAUUCCUGCUCCUCCUGCAUUUGCUUCAGAGUUCCCUUCAAAAGAUGCAGCUUUCCGUAUGAAUUCUUCCUCAGAAGCAUCCAGUUCAAUCCAUGUCACGGCUGGUUAUAUUCAAAUAAGGAACAUGACUAUGGGUGGCAAUGGAACAGACGGCUUGGUGGGCAAGCAUGGGAAUUACAACAUUCUCCUAUCUUUUGGCUUAUCACAGCAUGCUGAUAGCUCCGCUAGCUUGGAAUCAGUAGUUAGUAUUCUUCCUGGGAAGACAAUUUCGGCGGCAUCCUGGUGCUGGUUCUAUUAUCUGUUCUCUUGGGUCCUUAUUCUUUCCAUGAGCUUCAAAAUUGGGACCUUAAUUCGUGCCACUUAAGGCUUCAAAAAUAUAAGAAGCUUAAUCAAACCGGGCUCAAGCUAGUUUUUACUUAUGAAAUUCUUGGUAGGUUAUCUUGAUGUUGGCUAAAGUUGCAUCAUUAUACAUGAUAUACCUAUAUUUUAGUUAUGUGGUCGAACAUUACUAAAUUAAGUGUUGCAUGGCAGACUUCACGGUGUAGCUUGGAAGCUGCAAGUACUCUUUUACAGCAGUCAAAUACUGUGAUUUUACAUAGAACCAAUGUCUUUAUUUCAGAUCUUCGCCGUGUAAUUCGUUGUUGAUUUUCAUGUUGUUUCUGUUCCAUGUUA